UUUAAUACAUACUGGCUGAACGCUGUGAUAGGAAAAGACAGCAGUAGUUGUCAAAGUUGACAUUUAUGGAAGAAUUUAACCUUUUUAAACAAACUGUGUUGCUGAAUGCAUCGGUUUUGGAAAAUGGAAAAAAGAAUGGAAAAUAUGAGUGAACAGUUUGUUCCAAAUGAGGAUUUCCUCCACCAAUUGAUUUCUAUGGGAAUCAACCAUGAGAUAGCAGUCCAGGCUCUUUUUUGUACUGGAAACACCUCUUUAGACGAAGCAAUCGAGUAUAUAUUUAGCUCCCAAGAAUCCCAAGCUGUAGAACCGAAAGCCUUCGCAAACGUCGAAGCAAAAAUUGACCAAUCUGAAUCUGGUGAUGAGGAGGAUGAAGAGGUAGAAUUUUACAAAAUGACUUUCGUCGUAAAUACGUCCCUGAAGAUGGGCGUUGGAAAAAUAGCGGCACAAGUAGGUCAUGCUUGUUUAGGGCUGUUUCGAGAAAUAAUGGGUGAUAAAAGGGAGGAAUUGGAGACGUGGGAAUGUUAUGGGGAGAAGAAAAUUGUUCUUAAGGGUGUGGACGAGACGCAUCUUCGCGAGCUGUAUGAGAAGGCCAAAGAGAAGAACAUUCCCUGUUACUUGGUAAGUGAUGCAGGACACACUCAAAUAGCCCCAGGAUCGGUGACAGUUUUAAGUCUGUUUGGACUGGAAGAAAACGUCAAUAUGGUUACCGGAAAGCUCAGCUUAAUGUGAUAUGUGUGUAUUUUUUUUAUUAACAUUUAUUGUCGGGCUGUCUGUUUUUCAAAAUUAAAUGAUUAUAAACAGUAGAUGAAUCUAAAAAGUAAGAUUGAGAUAUGACUUUUUUUUUGUAUGUUUUAUUGAUACUAUUUAUAUAAUUGCUAUUUUUUUUUAAUUAUAUAUUUAGCAACGAAAUAUGACGGCCUAAAAGCAUUUGUUUUAUAUUUUUUGUAUAAAAAUUGUUUAGUUUUCAUAAGACAGUCGUAAGUAUACAAUGUGUAUGUGCAAACAUUAGUGUAACAAAAACUAUAAUAAAACAUCAAUAUUAC